AUGCGACGUUGUUCGCCUGCUACGAAUGGGUUUGCAAAGUUCAAACGAUACCCUUUAGUCGCCCCUGGGACACCGGUUUCCACAAACCUUGGUGCGGACGGGAGAGCCAGAGAGUCUGGUCCCCCCAAAAAAGUAUCUAUUAGCAAGUUGGCAAGAGUACAUAAAACCACCACGAAGGCCAAGACAAACGCCGCCGUGUACACCAACAACAACAGGAGAAAAUCAAAUUAUGGGCCUCGCACGGCCACAGUCCCCUUCAAGAAGCGGAGAAAUGGGAAUAUCGGGGCGAAAGAUCGCCAGCGCCUUCAAAGGCUAAAACGAGACGCUUUCCACCAGCUCGACGCCCAGAUACGAAGAGAGCAGUUAGAAAUCGUCCGCCGAAUGCAGUACCUGGAUUCCCUGCCUAGCGAGGAACGCGAGAUGCUCCUCCAGGCGGAGCUCGAGAUCGACGUCGAAGACUCUGACGAAGACAUUAUGAUGGGACAGGACCGUGUCAUACUCAUCGACGACGUGAACGGGGAAGGCCGAGACGAGUUUGACAACCUUCUAGACGACAUUUGCGCUAUUGACCUUGCAGAAGAUGACUACAUUGAGGUCUUACAGUUUGAAGAUGGUCAUGACGGGCACGAGAUACCAUUCAGCAAUGACGCCCACGAGAUCGCAAUGGCAGGGCCAGGAGAUCUAUUUUGA